CUUUUCCUGUGGCAGCAUCGAGGAACAUGGGCAAGAUCAAGGCUAGAGAUUUGCGGGGUAAGAAGAAGGAGGAGCUGCUCAAGCAGCUGGAUGACCUGAAGGUAGAGCUGUCCCAGCUCCGCGUAGCCAAGGUGACUGGUGGAGCUGCCUCCAAGCUCUCCAAGAUAUGCGUUGUACGCAAAUCCAUUGCCCGUGUUCUGACUGUCAUCAACCAGACUCAGAAGGAGAACCUGAGGAAGUUCUACAAGGGUAAGAAGUACAAGCCCCUGGACCUGAGACCCAGGAAGACCCGUGCCAUUCGGAGGAGGCUCAACAAGCAUGAGGAGACCCUCAGAACCAAGAAGAUGCAGAGGAAGGAUCGUCUCUAUUCCAUUCGCAAAUUUGCUGUCAAGGCUUGAGGCUGUUUCUCCUCUGUACAAAUAAAUUGACUAAAAACAGA